AUGGCGAUGGAGCUCAGCAGCAGAAUGUUCCACCACACCGUGGGAGUCCUUCUCGCCAUCCUCGUUGUUGCCACAGCGGCAACAAGCAAGACAGACGGUCUCUGCGACAAGUCCGACAAGGCGGCGCUCCUGGCCAUCAAGUCAGCCCUCGGCAACCCGCCGGCGCUCUCCGUCUGGAACUCCUCCACGCCAUGCUGCUCCUGGGACGGCGUCUCCUGCAACGCCACCACCGCCCGCGUAACCGAUCUCACCAUCUUCGCGCUCAACAUCUCAGCGCCAGUCCCGGCCGCCAUCGCCAACCUCACCAAGCUGCAGACGCUCAACCUCGCCUACAACCAGCUGUACGGCCCCAUCCCCUCAUUCCUCGGCCCGCGCGCCCUCCCCGACCUCACCUUCCUUCGCCUCGACGGUAAUCGCCUAACCGGCACCAUCCCGCCCACCGCCACAGUAUUCAACCUCCUCCUCACCGGCCCUCUCCCUGCCACGUUCGGCAGCGCCGUCUUCGGGGAUGUGGACAUCGCCAACAACCAGCUGACCGGCGACGCGUCGAUGUUGUUCGGCGCCAAGAAGACUCUGAAUGCGCUUCGGCUGUCGCGCAACCGGUUCACCUUCGACCUCGGCCGCGUGGAGCUGCCGGAGCAGUUGGACAUCCUGGUCAUCGACCACAACAUGGUGUACGGGAGCAUCCCGGCAGCGGCGGCGGCGCCGGGGAGGAAGUGGCUAGCGUUCGACGUGAGCUACAACCAGCUGUGCGGGCCCAUACCGCAGGGGCGGUACACGCACCGGUUCGGGGCCAAGCACUUCGCCGGCAACAAGUGCCUCUGCGACCGCCCGCUGCCGCCGUGCAGCUAG